GCAAAAUCACUCUAGAUCAAUUUCUCCUCGUUAACAAUUUUCUUUUCAGUCUUAGUUGCCUAAAGUCAUCCCCUCAAACCUUCAAUAUGGACAAUUCCCAGAGCGCUAGCUACCAAGCCGGCCAGGCCAAGGCCCAAGCUCAGGAGAAAGCCAGCGGCAUGAUGGACAAGGCCAGCAAUGCUGCACAGUCCGCCAAAGAAUCCGUUCAGGAGGCUGGUUCUCAAAUGCAAGCCAAGGCACAGGGAGCUGCUGAUGUCGCCAAGGAGAAGCUUGGGAUGAACAAAUAGAAGUUAGAAAUCCCAUUUUACAUAAUUCAGCAGCUCUAUAUGUUAAGUUAUUUGUUAUUUACGUUUUUUUUCUUUUUUUCUUCUGUUGGUCUUUUAUAACCAAAAAAUGGUUCAUGGUCAUCUAGCUCUUGUGGAGCUUCUAAACGAUCUGCAAUAAAGGCAUAUAUUUUAUGAAAGCAUAGACGCUUCACCACUUGCAUUCUUUUUGUGAGAGGUAUCUUUGCAGGACAGGUAACAAAAUGAAAAAUAAAAAAAUUUAGUCCA